AAUAAAAAUAAAAAUCUUUCUUAAUUUGGAUAAAUAUCUAUAUAUUUUUUGCUCAAUCCCUUUGAUAUUGAUUAAUAAUGUCCAAAAUCCCACCGAUUGUGCCAACAAAGGCCAAAAACUAUCGUCUGAGCGAGACAGCAACAGCAACAGUGGCUGCCAGUGCAACAACCAUUGUCGAGCCAGUUGCCCCGAUGCCAACAUUGACCUCACCCAUGGCCUAUCGUACACGCCGUGCUGUUGUCGAGUCCUACAAAGGAUCUCAAUCGCCAUCGGACGAUGCCUUGCUGCCAAUGCCGCCGCACAACCAAGCCUUGAGCCCGGGAGCUAUGAUCGAGUUGGUCCAAACCAAAUUGGGCAUCAAGAAUAUCGUGCAGAAGGCUCUGGGACUUCUAAAGCGCACCGUUUAGAUUGAAAUUUUUCAAACUUUUUGUUCAACCUUUUUAUCGUUCGUUUGUACCAAAAAUUUUGUGAAACUCACACCCAUCAAAAGACCUGAAGACAUACGCCUAGGCCAUUUCCAAAUGUUGCAAAUAAAAAAAAAUUAAGUGAAAAUCAAA